UUCAGUCUUAAUUGAAUCUCAACCCGAGCAGUGGGAGAGCGCACCACAAUACAAUCCACACACACAAUCCAUUUUUUAAAGCAGUUCGUCCAUGCCAUGGAUUUUGAUAAAAUACUGGUCAAGUGCGGCGAUGCGGGACGCUAUCAGUGCCUAAUGCUGCUGCUGCUCGGCUAUAUUGCGUUCACCAGCACCGUGCAUUAUUAUUCCCAGAAUAUCAUUGGAUUUGUGCCCAAACAUUGGUGCUAUCAUGAGCAGUUGGCCAAUCGGAGUCACGAGGAAAUUGCCGCCAUCUAUGCUCGCUUUGGUAAGGCAGCUUCCUGCACACGGCUCGAAAAGAUCGAGUUCCUGGACGAAGGCUACAAUCUGACGCUGAGCAGUGAGCGAUGCGAUCGUUGGAUCUACAAAUACGAUUACGGAUUUCGCAGCAUGAAUGUGGAGCUCAAUUGGGUCUGCGAAGAUGCUUACAAAGCACGCAUUGGGCAAUCGCUUUUCUUUCUGGGCUCUCUGGUGGGCACCUUUUCCUUUGGCAUGCUGGGCGAUAAAGUUGGCCGAGUGCGCGCUGUUAUUCUGGCCAAUCAGUGCGGCUUUGUGGGUGACUUUUUGACUACUUACGCCACCAAUUUGGCCCAGUUCAGUGCCUUUCGCUGCAUCUCCGGCUUGGCUGCAACUGCCAACUACUAUCUCAUGUUUAUUCUGGUGCUUGAGUAUCUGGCACCAAAGCUGCGGAAUUUGGCUAUCAGUGGAACGCUGGGAUUUUGCUUUUGUCUCGGCGGUUUGGUGGCCCCUUGGCUAUCGGUUUUAGCCGGCAACUGGCGCAUUUAUCUGACAUUUUCGGCAUUGCUGCAACUGGUCGUCGCACUCUUCUAUUUUGUGGUGCAGGAGAGCGCCCAGUGGCUGAUAACGCGCAACAAUGUGGAGGGCGCCAUUGCCCGAUUGAAGCACAUUGCACACUUCAACGGGCGUCAAGUGCCGGCCGCUGACUUUGAGGCCUUUCGUCAAAAUUGCAUCGCCAAGCAAAAGCUGGAGAAUCAUCAGCAGAAGGCCAGGCUCUUUGAUCUGCUGCGCACUCCGCAUCUACGCAAAACAUCGCUCGUCGUCAUAUUUACUUUCAUGCUGACUGCGCUGGGCUUCAACACCAUCUCCCGCAACGUGGAGGGUUUGGGACUGUCGCCAUUUGUGGUAUUCUCGCUAUUUGCGGUGGUUGUGCCACCAUCUGGCAUUCUGCAGGGUCUGCUGCAGAGUCGACUGGGACGCAAGGCCACCAACUUUCUGGCAUUGCUAUGCACCAGCCUCUUGUCCUGUGCUCUGGGCGUGGCCCUGUCCAAUGAAGGUGCCCAGCACAAUGCCACAUUACUGCUGGCCUUUGCAUUGCCCACACGCCUCGGCAUCUCGAUGUGCUACACGCUCACCUCGCAGUACACGUCGGAGUUGCUGCCCACCUGUGUGCGCUCACGUGGCAUGGCCACCGCUCACUUGGCAGCUGCAGCGGCGUCCUUUACCUCCCCGUAUCUUAUCCACUUGGGCAGCAUUAUGGCGGCGGGUCCGCCAUUGAUACUGACAGUUGUGCUGUUGACUGCUGCUGGCUGCACAUUGCUGCUACCGGAAACGAACAAUAGGCAGCUGCCCAUUACCCUGGAGGAUGGCGAGAGCUUUGGCAAGGGCGAAUCCUUGUUCGCAUUCGAUUGUUGGCAGCGGCGACGCGACAACGACGACGAUGUUCUCAAACAGCCUACGGAGGAGCUUAAGUUAAAUGCCCUUAAUGGCGUACGUGGAAAUGCCGAAGCAGCGGAAACGGAAGCGGAAGUGUAGACGGAAGCCCCAAAUCGCUCAAUGUCCUGUGUUAAAAAAUGUAAGAAGAGCAUUAGAGGCCGACACAACAGACACACACCAGAAAGAAAAUUGAGAACAACAGUUUUAAUUCCGAAAGUUGUCAGUAGAUGCGAAAUUUGCUUUUAUUUGAUUGAUUUUGGGUCACAGUAUUCAACGUAACUAUAAUUAAGGUGUGUGUGUGUGUAUGUGUGUGUUAUUCCGUUUUACCACAUUUUCAUAUGUAUAUGUAAGUAAUGCAUGUGUAAACUCUUUUGUUAUCCUGUAGUAAUUGCUUACAUAGUACGUGUAUGUAUUUUGUAUAUAAGUAAAGUGUACAUAGAUAUGUACGAGAGUAUGUAACUUGA